CCUGCCUGCCCGCAGCCGCCCCCCCGUAGCACCAGCCGCAGCAGCAUGAGGGAGAUCGUGCACAUCCAGGCGGGCCAGUGCGGCAACCAGAUCGGAGCCAAGGUAAAGGCAUGGGGAGGCGGAGACGCGCGCUGCUGGGGCUGCGGAGCUCCCCGCCGCCCCCCGACGGCUCCUCCAACGGGACUUGGGGGCUCCCUGGCUGAUCCUGCCCGGCACGUUGCGGGCCGCCUGGAAAAGAGCCAAGCGUUGCGCCGACGAGGCGCCCGGCUGCUUUGCCGCUCCCCUUGCCCUAGAUCCGGGCGAGGUAGCCAGGUGUCAACUCGCCAAGGCGGUGGGGCCGGUUCCCUGGCUUGGGACCGGGGUGGGGCGUGCCCUGCGCUGGCAGCGGCGGCGCCUUUGUUGUGGCCUAGUCUUCCCCCGCCCUGCUGUGGGCGUGGAGGCACCCCAGGGCUGCGGGGCAGAGCCUCCUGCAGGAGGUGAAAGUGCCCUCCGGCUCCCUAGGAAAGGCACUCCUUUGCCUUCUUGGCGGCUAGCCAGUAGGUGGCCCAGGCCAGCGUCUCCUAAAAAGUCCGCCCUGGGCAUCCUGACGCGGCUGUCAGAGGCCCGUGGUCACCCUUUGUUGUUGGCGCUUCUGAUGGGAGACAAAAGGAAGGAGUGGUCUUCCUCCCGCCCCCUCCGCCACGCCCAUCCAGGCAAGGGGGCUGCCACACCCAGGAAGCAGGGGACCCUCCUGAGUCUCUUAGAACAAAGAAACCCUUCCCUCUGCCUGUGACCUUGCAAGUUCCUGCUGUAACCUUGGCUAGGUCAGGAGGCAACUUGGGCGAUCUGGCUAUUUGUUUACACUCCUUUCCCACCUUUUCUCUAUGGGGAGUGCUAUGGGGCAACAUUUCAGCCCUGCUUCUGCAGGGGAAGGGCGGGGCCACCUUUUUUUGCCCUGUCUUCUUGUCCCAUUGGGUUCAGGGGAAUGGCUAUUCCUAAAGACUUUCAGGAGCCUUUUCCUCCCUUUGCCAAGUGGUUCUGUGGAUGACAGAUGGAAGGUAAACAGAUUUCAGCCUGUGAUGCCCCCACCCCUGGACAAAGCAUCUUCGCCUCCCCUUCCCCUUGCAGCUUCAGGUAAUGCAGGACACAAUGGUGAAGAGUUGUCCACUCCUGGAGACAAAGAGGUGUGGGGAUUCUGAGCGUCCUGUGGCAUCUUCUGAUAUAUGAAACAAACAGAAUGUUUGAUGUCAUGACAGGAUCCCCUCCUGUUUCUUGAUGGGGCAGCUUUUUCCUAACUACCGGUAUUUGUUAAGUGAAAUGGCUGCUCUUGGCUGGUGCAAUUGGGUCAGGGAGAGAAACAGGGAGCACCCUCUCUCUGGGCAGCAAGGGAUGGUCUUAUUUUUGUUAGGGGAAAUGUCCAAAGGGAAAUGAACAAUCCUGCAAAAAUAGGGGGUCUCUCAAAUGGGUUUUCAGUUUCUGCUUUCCCAGGAGACACCUGCUGCCAUGACUUAGUGUCACAAAGACAGCUAAUAAUCCAUUAAGUCAACCCCCCCCCCGCUCUCUCCCUGCUCUUCUCUCCUCCACCCUUCAAAACCAGACAUCUGUGCCUGCUCUGAAUAAAAAGGAAGGCCAGCCUGCUGCAGUGUGAUUGUACCACUUAAUGCUCUAUCCCCGUGGGGCAGGGUAGCAGCACAGCAGGCUGAAAUCAAAUCAGGCCUCUGGAGCUCUUCUGCAGCUGGGGCCGGGAGCUCCCUUGCCUCUCCCCCACCCCACUUAGGAGAGAGGGAUAGUCUGGUCAUUAUGCUGGAUGCAGGGAGGUGGGCGAGGGGUAUGAAGAGCACCUGCUAUUCACCCACAGCCAGUAAGCUAUUUAAGAAGCUGAAUAAUGAACCUUGAAAGACUGCCAGUCUCUUCCCACCACCACUCAGAGCUCCAAGUGUGGCAGCUUCGCCACAUGUCUCCUGAGGAAGAGGUGGGUUAGCCACACCUUCUGCAGCAAGGAAGUCAAAAUGCCCAGGAUUGUACUUGAGAUUCUCAGAAAGGAACAUUCUCCUCUUUAAAAAAAAAAAAAAGACACAGGGUGUUUUCUACCCUCCACCCUCAAAUGCUGAACGUGGAAUCCUGUGGAAAACCAAAGGAAGUUGAAUGGAUUUCACAUGAUCUGAGACAACCUUGGGUUCUGUUGCAAUCUUCCCUGAAACUGGGUUACUAAGGCAAGGGAAUAGGGUUCUCCACUAUCUUGCUGCUCCUGAGUCAGGGAUUUGGGGACAGGCAAUCAUCAGUUGGGGCGGUGAUGCUGGAGGCUAGCUUUCUGCAUAGUUUACCUAAGCAGACUCAUGCAUAUGCUAAUCUGCAUGAAUAAUUCAUUGUAAACUCACAGGUUCUGUAAUUGACACAUCUGAUCAACACAGAAUAGAAGCUGGCUUUGGAAUGGAAGCCUGGCUUGGCAGCCCCUGAGAUAUUUAAGGAUUGUUCUUUUUCUCUUUUUCUAAAAUAAGAACAACUUUAUUUAACCUAUUUGGAUUCCUGCAUCACUCUAGAUACGGUAUGCCCCAGAGAAUUCUGCUGCCAAAUCCAGGGUGUUGAUUUCAGAAGCCGUCUCUUAAGCAAUGCCUGUGCCACGACAAAGAACUAUGCUUUAUUCAUGCCUUAAGCUGGACAGUUCACUUAAUUAUGCAUUGGUGUUCCUUUGAAACCUCUCAGAAUAUGGGCAGGAGUUAAUUUGGGGGAAAAAGAGAUGACAGUCACUUUUUCACAUCUGAGUCUUCCCUUCCAUGGAGCUAAGGGCAGAGAACGGCAGAUUGUUAUCCAUUUCAAUCUCUCAGCAUAUUUGUAUGGAAGGCUUGGGGGGGGGACCCUUGUAAGACCCAUGCAGUGAGCUUUAUGGCUGAGCCAGGGAUUUGAAUUUGACUCAGCCUGUUCCAAGUCAAAUGAGACCAAAUGAAUUGACAAGAGGGCUUGACCCUUGCAUCUGUCUGCAGUCCUAGGGCUUAGUCUCACUUCCGUCACUGAGUAACCUUGGGCCACCUCUGCAUAUAUAGGAUUAUAUCACUUUCCAGAUCUGCUUCAUUUUUAGAAACAAUUUAUUGGUGAAGAGGCCUUCUCAAGGCAGAUCUUUUUGCAUUGGGUGCUCAGGGGGGGAUCAGCCUUGUGGCAUGUGGCUGACGCCAUUGUGUUUACAGUCUUCCUGACCUUGCCAUCAAUUUCAAUUUGUCCUCUUAGUAGUGGGAGCUCCCUGGUAAUUAAAGCUCUGUCCACUGGAGAUGGUUAGCAUUCAUGACAUGCAUCUUCCUUUCUCUCCCCCCCCUCCCGCAUUGUUCAAACUAAUUUAGCAAGGACUGAGCAGUCUCCUAUAGAUUGCUGUAAACAAGCCUUUUUCUCCUGUCCUCCUCACUGCCUUGUUAAAACAGAAAGUCCUUCUGUUAGUGAAAAGCUCCACAAAAAGAAGCCCUCUCUGUCGUCCUCUAGGAAUACAGCUUAGCCCUUGCUUGCAAGAAGCAAUUAGUUCCAAGGUAAAAAGUUCUGGAAAAUGCAUCAUUAGCAGCUGUCCCUCCUAAGGGAGAUAGAGUGCUCUUGCUGCAGUCUGCGUAGUGCUGUGGCUCGUAAUAAGUUUGCACCAAUAACCAGCAGUGCGAAGUCAUGUGCUUAUUUGCCGGUGAGAUGACUCUGCACAAAUUUAGCUGCUUUUCCUUGUAGCUUAUUCCCAAAGCAAAAUGCUGUGUUGCUUGUCAAAAUGUGUACAACAGCCUGAUCAACUCUUGCCUCUACCUUUGUCUUCAUGGCUAAACACGGCAGAUGAGGGCAGGAGUUUUGACGUGCGGCAAUACCCCGUCUGAAUGUUCUCACUUUCAGCAGCCUUAAAAUACUAAAAGCUCAGCCAAAUGGCUGCUUCUCUGUCUCCUUCACUGCGGUGUAGAUUCCAAGAAACAAAGCUAGGAAAGCAGUAUCUUUAAGGUAGCAAGAGGUCAUGGUUUCAGCACCAUGGCCAGAUCCCUAGAACAGCACACAGCGCUUGCAAGAACGAAGCUUUUCUGCUCUGGGUCUCACUGUAGGCUAGUGAGAGAGCCCUCUCAAGGAUGGCUUUGCAGAAAGGGCUCUUAGCAACCUUCAACUACCAAACGCAGCUACAGCUGCUGAUGCAGUGCUACUUGGCACUUGCGAGUAGCAAAUCAAAUUUAUUUGUGUAUUUAUUUCUAUCCCAUCUUUGUGUUGUUCAAAGGGAUGUACUUGGCUCUCCUUCUCUCCCUUUUAUCCUCACAAUAACCCAGUGAGGUAGGUUAGGCUGAGAUGUGAUGACCCAAGAUCACCCAGUGAGCUUCCUACUGAGCAGAGAUUUGAACCCUGGUCUCCCAUGUCCCAGUCCAAUACUCUUAACAGCUACACCACACUGGCUCUCUCUAUGUCACUCAGUUAAGCACCCCCCACAUUCAAAAGAACUGCUUGCACUCGCACAAGGGGUGGCAUACUGGAUAAGAUUUACAGGAUAAGGUCAGUGCUCAGCUUAGCCCAGUAUGAUGUCUCCAGCAGCAGAUCAACUCAGAAUGCUUUCCCCCAGUGUGGAUAAUGAAAAAGCUAAACAGCCCAAUGCGGGUGGGAAUUUCCUUUGUUUCUAAUGGUAUAAAACAAGAAUGUCCAAUUCUUUAGCUGACAACAUGUAGAAAUGUUAAUUCUUUCUAUCUCCCCCUCUCCACUCUUCUUUCAGUUCUGGGAGGUGAUCAGUGAUGAGCAUGGUAUAGACCCCAGUGGGAACUAUGUCGGUGACUCUGACCUGCAGCUGGAAAGGAUCAGCGUUUAUUACAAUGAAGCCUCUUGUAAGUUGUGCUCCUACCCCAGACCUGACUGCUCUUCCUGAUAGGCAGGGAUAUUUUGGUAUACCAAGACACUUCCUCCUGGCCUCCUCUCAGAAAUGAAACUGGAAGGUUUUCACCAUUCCAGGCAGAUGACAAUGGCCCUUCCCCUAAGCACUUGUAGCGGCAUAGAGUAUGCCAUCUAUACUGCCACCUCCUUCCAAGUGAGGGAAAAGCACCCCAGGACUGCCACUCUCACCUUGGAUAGCACCCAGUUUUGCAGCAACAUUGCAAAAAGUAUUCUUCCUUGUCGCCUUUGUUGACCAGCCUAGUCCUCUUUUGAGGCAGAACGCUACAGAUUUGAACAGCAGCCCUGGAAAUUAUAUGGCUGGUACUGAGUACUGCCUUGGGUCUCUAGUCAUGGGUCAAGGGCAGGCUGCUUUGAGCAUGCAUCCUUUAAUGAGUUAAGGCAGCAAUGAUGGUGGGGAAGCCUGUGACAUUCCAAAUACUCCACAAUGCCCAUCGUCUCUGACAACUGACUACCCUGGUUGUGGCUGAUGGGAGUUGGAGUCCAACAACCUCCAGAGAGUUGCUACAGAUUCCCCAUCCCUAGUUUAGAGGAAGAGAUAAAGAAGCUCAGCCCCACAGUAUAGUCUCCUUGGUAAAGGAUUCCCUGGAUUGCUGGGCAAGAACAUCUGAAAAGGCUAGGUGGGAGCCUGAUGUCGGGCAGUGCCCAAUUUUGGCUUUGGUGAGCAUCCUGCCAAAUGGGUACAAGGAAGGGAGAUGAUGUGGGAGAUCAGGAAUCUUAUAAUCACCCCCCCCCCAACACAAUAACUCCUGUUGUAAAUCAGCAAGGUUGUCUCUCUGGCUGAUUGCAAUGAAGGCAAAUCUUCCUUUGUGUUUUCCAGCUCACAAAUAUGUUCCUCGUGCUAUCCUGGUGGACCUGGAGCCUGGCACCAUGGACAGUGUUCGUUCAGGUGCUUUUGGGCACCUCUUCAGACCAGACAACUUCAUCUUUGGUAUUGUUUCUCUGCUUUCUUCUGCUGCCUGACUCUUUUCCCUUUUCUCUCUAUCAUAGCUUCUCUCAGAUGUCAUCCAGUUUUAAGCCAAAGAAAUAGCACAGUUUGACCUCAGACUUGCAUAACUAAUACUAAGCUGUAGUAUUUCGAGGUUUUUGGAGCUGCAGGCAAGGAAGGCUGGAAAUCUUGGGACGGGGCAGCUGGCUUUUAAGGAAAGGGUUAGGUCAGAUUCUUUCCAGGGUAGAGAAUCUCCACUCCUUGAUCACAGCUUGCUGCUGCCUAAUACAUCUUUAUUUCUAAAGGCUCAUACAGGUGCUUCAAACAUAUAAGCUAAAAUCAAAAGGCAAACAUCUUCAGCAGACUCCAUGCACACCUAAUUUGUAUGCUUGGCCUCUAACCUCUGUGCUCCCCACACAACUCCUGCUUUAUAGGCUCUUCCUGUGCCAGUCACUGCCCCAUUUCUCUGGGCAUUUUAAGUCUCCAAUUAAUGAGAAUCUUACAAGAGCUACAAAUGGAGGAAGUUAAAAGUGGCACAGCAAGCUAUUGUUGCGUACUUUCCCUUUUUUUACUUAAGUCUGGUGGGCUUUCAAAACUUUCAAACUCUGAUUGGUCAAAAGGUAACAGGUGUCCCUGAAUGUUAUGCCAUAGGGAUGAGUAGAUCUGUACCUUCCCCAGUUGACAGGACAGGGCACACAGAUCAGUGCUGGUUGCUACACAAGAUGGUGUUAGUGUCUCUUCCUUCACAGGACAAAGUGGCGCUGGGAACAACUGGGCAAAGGGUCAUUACACAGAAGGCGCUGAGCUGGUGGAUUCCGUCUUGGAUGUAGUGCGAAAAGAGUGUGAGAACUGCGACUGUCUACAGGGCUUCCAGCUCACUCAUUCCCUGGGUGGGGGUACGGGGUCUGGCAUGGGGACUCUCCUCAUUAGCAAAGUCCGUGAAGAAUACCCAGACCGGAUCAUGAACACUUUUAGUGUGGUGCCUUCCCCCAAAGUGUCUGACACGGUGGUGGAACCCUAUAACGCUACCUUGUCCAUCCACCAGCUGGUGGAAAACACAGACGAGACCUACUGCAUUGACAAUGAAGCCCUCUAUGACAUCUGCUUCAGGACCCUCAAGCUGGCCACGCCCACCUACGGAGACCUCAACCACCUCGUUUCUGCCACCAUGAGUGGUGUCACCACCUCCCUGAGAUUCCCAGGGCAGCUCAAUGCCGACCUCCGCAAACUGGCCGUCAACAUGGUGCCCUUCCCUCGCCUCCAUUUCUUCAUGCCGGGCUUUGCUCCGCUGACGGCCCGCGGGAGCCAGCAGUACCGAGCCCUCACUGUCCCCGAGCUCACCCAGCAGAUGUUUGACGCCAAGAACAUGAUGGCCGCUUGCGACCCCCGCCACGGCCGCUACCUCACGGUGGCCACCGUCUUCCGGGGCCGCAUGUCCAUGAAGGAGGUCGAUGAGCAGAUGCUGGCCAUCCAGAGCAAGAACAGCAGCUAUUUCGUGGAGUGGAUCCCCAACAACGUCAAGGUGGCUGUGUGCGACAUCCCUCCCCGGGGCCUCAAGAUGUCCUCCACCUUCAUUGGCAACAGCACAGCCAUCCAGGAGCUCUUCAAGCGCAUCUCAGAGCAGUUCACGGCCAUGUUCCGGCGCAAGGCCUUCCUCCACUGGUACACUGGCGAGGGCAUGGAUGAGAUGGAGUUCACAGAGGCAGAGAGCAACAUGAACGACCUCGUCUCGGAGUACCAGCAGUACCAGGAUGCGACAGCCGAAGAGGAAGGAGAGAUGUAUGAAGAUGACGAGGAGGAAUCGGAAGCCCAGGGUGCCAAGUGAAGGGCUGGGGCCCCAGGCAGCGCUUGGGUUCCUCCCAGUGAGAGCCAAGCAGUGACAUGGGCCUGUCGUUCAUCGCUGUCCAUCUUUGCUACUCAUUUGCUGAGUUGUAGACAACCAGCUUCUAGUUGCUUCUGAUUCAAGGGUUCCAAAACUUAAAAGCUGUUCGGUAUUUAACCCCCUUCCUCCUCCUCUCCCCCCCUCCGCCCUAUAUUCCCUCUCCUUUGCCCCCCAAGUCUUAUAAGUUAGUGCAGCUCCCUCUGUCCAUGACUUUGAUAACUUCAAGGGCCCUGGUCUUUAUUUUUUACUGGUCUGUGUCUAUUUUUAUGUUUUGGAAUACUUAAUAAAUCUAUUGCUGUCCAGC